AUGGCAGUUUCUAAAGACGCCACCAGCGCCAUUGUGACCAAGAAGGUCAAGGGUCUCAAGGACCACAAGAAGGCGCAGAAGGAGAAGAACGCGGCUAAGCGUCUCGCGGCUGCGGAGAAGGCCAAAGCUAAGAAGCUGGAGGCUGCGACCGAGAAGGCUAUUGCCGCUGAGAUCAUUGCUGUGACCGUCGUUGCUGAGGCAGAGGAGAUCGCCACGGUUGCUCAGGUUGAGCCUGUGGACUCUUUGGAGACUACCGACGGGUCUGAUACCUACAAUCAGAAGACCGACGUCAUCGAAGUCUCCGAAGAUCAAACCAAUGACAUCCAAGCCAUCGUCAAGAACUACCUCGUCGUCGCCACUGAGGUCACUGUCGCGUACGCGGCCGAUGUGUCACCUAAGGCUGACAGCAUUCAAGGACCCAACAGUAGCCUUAACCCAGCGGUAAUUGACUUCGUCAUCUCCAACCCCACUAUCGUGAUCACCUCCAACCCCCCCGUUUCCCCUGAAGCCGCCAUCGACAUUAUCGCGCAUCGCAAGGCGUUAGAAGCCGACAUGGAGACUCCACGCGAGAUGUUUAUGCGCUGCAAAUAUAUCACAUCUGUAGACGCUGAGUACCUCUCCAGUUUCGAAGGCGAUGAUGAUAUUAUCGAUGAGUCGUCCAACAAGAUCAAAUGUCUCGACUCCAACGGCUUCGAGAUCAUCCCGCUCCUAAACGGUCUGUCACUAGCAGACAUUACCACCAACACCGAGUCUGCCCCAACGCUAUCCGUAGACGACCUCUUCGCCAAGGUCUCCGCAACGAAUGUAUCAAAGAUCUCUGCUACGGAAUCAUCGGAGAUUCUUGCAAUCGACUCUCUCGAUCCUUGGGCCUGUAUAUCGCAGAUCCUACAUUCUAGCUCUGUGUCUCAGGAUGGUAGAACUCUGGCAUCUGUAGAGGCUGAGAUGCGGUCCCGAUCAUCAUCUAUGACAGCUGUUUGUCAGGGAAGCCGGUCCCUGGAGGAUGUUGAAGCUGAGAUGCAUUCGGGGUCUUCAUCUACCACAGCUUCUUAUAACAGUGCCCAGUCAUUGGGUGAUCCGAAGUCUGAAAUGCCGAAUGCCCUUAGCAAGAAGGUGUCGCCCCCUGCACCCUUUAUUGAUCCGGCUAUUGAACAUUUGAAGAUGCCCCCGGGUGCGUACUUCGGGAAUUGGGAGGUUGUUGCGCGAGGACUUGGUCUUUGGGGUUGGUUUAGGACCGCUUGGUACUAA